CCUCAUAUGAACCUUGCCAACCUAACCAAACAAACAUGGUUCAUGCAAAUUUUUUAUUUUUUAUUUUAUUUCCUUUUACUACUUCAUUAUUCCACAUCACCAACUAUAUUCAAUCAAAUCAAACCAAGGCUCUUUGCUCAUCAUUUCCAUGUUCACUUUGUUACACUAAAAUAGGAAAAGAGCAAGCAACUCAUGGAAGCUUUAUGGGAUUUGGUAGACAAAUUGAAGAUUUCAACACUAGGUGCUAUUCUUCUACUUGCAUGUGCAUUUUUUGCACUUGUUUGUCUUUGCACUAUUAUUGUACUAAAAAGGAAAGGUAGUAAUAAUAAUAAUAAUAAGGUUUUGAACCAAGAGGGUGUUAUAGAAGAGAAUGAGUCUAGUUCGACUAUCACGACGACUACUACUACCACCACCACCACUACGACGAAUGUUACUAACUCUAGUACUACUACUGCUUCUACAGAAUGGUUAGAACCAAAUUGUGGAUGGAUUUCAGUGAAAAGGGUGUUGAUGGGUUCAAUGGUGUGGAGCAAGGCAAGAAAAUUGGAAGAGAGUAUUAGAUGGCAGAGAGAGAGGGGAUCACCAUUGCUUGGAAGUUUACAAAGGCAUGGGGUUGAAAAUGGGUGGAAAAGUGUUAGUCAUGAUUCAGCAUCAGCAGUGUGGCAAAGACCAAUAUUGAGAGGGGAGAAAUGUGAGCUUCCAAGUUUUAGUGGACUCAUUCUCUAUGAUGAAAAAGGAAGAUUGCUUAAUGAUUCUGUGAAUGAGAUACAACAAUGCAUGGAAAUUUCUGAACAGGAAGAAAGAGAUGUUACAGUGAGGACUACACUAAAAGAUUUACUAUAGUACUUAUGUUACACUGUCUUUCUUUCUGCUCUAAGUUGUAUCAGAUAGACAAUGAGGUUUUACUGUAAUGAAAUUAUCAUAUCACACUUUUUUCUUUGCAAAGGUAA